GAUUCUGAGGGAAAUUCCGAGGGACUAUGUGUCCGUCGGAAUAUUCCCACGAAAUUCCGAGGAAAUUCCGAGGAAACACAAUUUUCGUGUUUCCUCGGAAUUUCCUCGGAAUUUUCCGAGGAAAUUCCGACGGACUGGUAGAUCCCUCGGAAAUUUCCGAGGAAAUUCCGAGGGAUAAUAGAGCCGUUGAUUAUUCCGAGGAAAUUCCGACGGCAACGGCUAGUUGGUCGGAAUUUCCUGGGAAUGUCGUGGGAAAUAUCGGCAGAUUUAAUCUAUAAAUGCAAGCACCCCUCAUCCUCUUCAUUCACUACAUAUCUUCAUCCUCUCUCAUUCUAUUUUGCACACACGAAUCUGAUUGAAAAAAUCAUGUCUUCUUAUAAUUAUCAUCGCUCUUGGAUAGAUCGACCUCAUAUGGAUCCGAACACGAGAUUGCUUACGCCAGAGUAAGACUUAUAAUGCUGGCGUUUGCUCUGCAGCUGGAGAUGAUGUAUACUACGGAAACAUACGCGAGAUUUUGGAAAUCGUGUAUCCGGGCAUGGUUGGAUUGCGGUGCACAGUUUUCUAUUGUGACUGGUACGACAACACUCCGGAUCGAGGUGUCAGAACAGAUGCAUUUGGUGUCACAUCAGUACAUUCGAGGCGAAAACUGCCAUAUUAUGAUCCUUUCAUUCUUGCUUCUCAGGCCGAUCAGGUUUGUUAUAUCAAAUACCCCCGGGUUACGAACAGAGAUGAUCCAUGGGUUACUGUUACAGCACUCAACCCGAGAAGCCGAGUUCAAGGAAGUUCUGAGUUGGAAGACCCACUCCAACCAAACACAUCCGGCAACUUAAGUGCAGCAGGAGAUGUAGCUGCAGUUGAUCUUGUUAUCGAUUUCACCGAUUUUGGAGACGAAGCCGUUGUUCACGUCGAAGAUGAACCAGAGAUUGGAGAGUUUCACCAAGAUCCAGAUUCAGAUUCAUCUGGUGGUGAUGAUGGUGACUCGGGUUCAGAGGAUGAACCAGAGAUUGGAGAGUAGUAUAGUUUUUUUUUUUUUUUUUUUUUUUUUUCAGAAUUCCGAGGAAAUUCCGAGGAUCUUGAGGGUUUCCUCGGAAUUUCCUCGGAAUUUUACCUUGUAAAAUCAGAUUUUAGGGAUUUGAUUUUAGGGUAUAGAUUCCUAGGAAUUUCCUGGGAAAAUUCCCAGGAAAUUCCGACGGAUAUCAGCAUUUCGUGGGAAAUUCCUGGGAAUUUUCCCAGGAAAUUCCUAGGAAUUCAGCAUUUCGUCGGAAUUUCCUGGGAAUUUUCCCAGGAAAUUCCUAGGGAAUAAGGAUUUAGAAUCGAAAACACCAAUUUACGGUUCCCAGAAGACUUACGUAAGCCUUAGUAAGUGUCUUCAAUUGAUUAUGGGACAAGACAUUGGUGUUGUACCAAUUAAUGGCCACUUUUCCGAUUGUUGCACCGAGAUCCCCAAACAGCAAUGCAAGAUAAACACUUAUACACUUUAAUGAACCUAAACGACAAUACUUAUACUCGAUUCAAUCAUUUUGUAAUUUGAAUGUUUAUUUGUCAUGUACUAUCAAUAUAAGUCUUGAGAAAACUGCCAAAUUGUUCAAGGAACGGUCUAAAGUUUGUAAAUCAUUAAUCCGAACCCCUAAACUAUGGUUCCUCGGAAUUUCCUGGGAAUUUUCCCAGGAAAUUCUGAGGAACCAUAGGAUUCCUAGGAAUUUUCUGGGAAAUUUCCCAGGAAAUUCCGAGGAACCCAUAAUUCCGAGGGAAUUCCGACGGAAUUCCUGAAUCCCUCGGAAUUCCGUCGGAAUUCUGGUAAACCGGUUCGUAAACCGAAAAUUCCGACAGAAUUCCGAGGGUUUCAUUUUCCGUCGGAAUUUUCGGGGUAAAACCAGAUCUGCGGAUCUUCUUCCCCAUUUCUCUCUUUUCUCUCUUUUCCCUUGGCGAUUUCCGGCUCCUCCUCCUCUCCCUUGGCGAUUUCCGGCUCCUCCUCCUCUCCCUCUUGAUAUUCGGGCUCCCCCUCCACCCCCACUCCCCUAAUCUCUCCCUCCUCCAUGUAAGUUCUCUUCUCCCCCUCUCUUAUUAGUUCUAGGUUAGAUUUUAGGGAAUUUUGUUAGAUUUUAGGGAAUUUGAGUAGAUUAGGUUUUAAUUAGAAUUAGGGUUUGAUUAGGUUUGAUUAGGAUUAGGGUUUUGAUUAGGAUUAGGGUUUUGAUUAGGAUUAGGGUUUUG